AUGGCUGUAAAGCUUUCGUCUUUGAGAUUUUGCUGGAGAAUUCCCAAAUUGGUUUCUUCAAACGCCUAUAUUUCAUCAAUUUGUUGCGAAAAUAAAAUCCAAUCCCACCCAGAAACCUAUCAAAACCAAUCAGAUUCCUCUGAGUUUGAAGCAAAGAUUCAAUUUCUAAAGAACAAGCUUCAUCCGGAUAGUUUAGUUUCUGUUUUGGAUAGCACGCCUGAUUUGAACUCUUCAAUAAAGCUAUUUAAAUGGGCUUCCCUUCAAAACCGAUUUAACCAUACCGCAGACACAUAUUAUAGGAUAAUACUGAAGUUGGGCAUGGCUGGAAAUGUAGAAGAAAUGGAGGGAUUUUGUAAUGAGAUGGUAAAUGAUAAAUGCUCGGGUUUCGGAGAAUCUCUCUUGGCAUUGAUAGAUUCAUUUAUUAAAAAUCAUAGGCUCAAUGAAACUUUAAGGGUUCUCUAUGUUAUGAAUUUAAGCAGUUUUAAGCCCUCCAUAGGUGUAUUUAAUACGAUAAUGGGUGCACUUUUGGAGGAAAAGAAAGAAUUUAAGGAUGUGUUGUUUGUAUAUAAAGAAAUGGUGAAAUCAGGAAUUCUUCCAGAUAUCGAUACUAUGAAUUACCUGUUAGAUUCAUUGUUUGAGGCUGGGAGAGUUGAUACAGCUUUGGAUCAGUACAGAAGAUUGCAUAAGAAAGGAUGUAAUCCUAAUAGUAGGACUUUUGAGAUACUCAUUAGUAGUCUUGUUGCUAGGAAUCGAGUGGAAGAAUCAAUUAUUUUGCUUGACGAAAUGUUUCAAAUUGGAUGUGAGCCGGAUUUGAGUUUCUAUAUCCGUGUAAUACCUAUAUUCUAUAGGUUGCAGAAUAUAGAGGUAGGCAUGAAGUUGUUUAGGAUGAUGAGAGCUUCUAACAUCUCUCCAGAUUCAGCUACUUGUGCGGCUUUGAUAAACUGUUUGUGUGAGUAUCUUCAUUUGGAUGAUGCUACAAAACUUUUUGAAGAGAUGAUAGAUUGUGGCUGGUCGCCUGAAGAAGAAACUUUUUUGGAUAUAGUUAACGGUUUUUGUAAAUUAAAUAAAUUUACAGAAGCUAUUAUGUUUUUGGAGGAGAAAAAUGUAAUUGACACUCCUCCAUACAAUACACUUCUUGAAGCCGUUUGUACCACUGGUAAUUUUUCUAUGGCAAACAGUAUGUUUUAUAGAAUGUUUGGGAGGAAUAUAACUGAAGCUUCAUCUUGCAAUAUCUUUAUCAGAUUCCUUUGUGAGAAUGCAGCGAUCAGUAAAGCACUGAAGUUUCUAUGUAGGAUGAUCGUUUCAUUUUUUGUUCCUGAUUCUGCUACUUAUUCUGCUCUUAUUAUUGGUAACUGCAGAGUGGGGAAGUUUGAGGAUGCUUUGCAGUUGUUUUCCACCGUUAGAUCUAAAUGUUGGGUUCUGGAUUCUGUCUCUUAUGCUGAACUUGUUGAAUGUCUUUGCCAGAGGGAAAACACUCGAGAGGCAGCCAAAGUCUUUUGCUACAUGUCUAGGAACGGUUGUGCUCUUCAAUCUACCUCAUUCGAUAAGUUGAUCAAGGAGACCUGUGCAAGUGGAAAGGUCGACGGUGCUACCAGGUUACUGUCGAUGGCUUACUACUCUGGUACUGUCUGUUUUUGUUCUACUUAUAAUAGUAUCAUGCAAGGUUUAUUUAAGUUGGGCCACAUAGAUGAUCUCUUGGUCAUGGUUUCAAAGAUGAUGAUAGUUGGUUGUGCAUUUAAUGAGGAAACUUACUGCACACUUAUUCAGAGCAUGAGUGCUCUCAAUCAAGUAGCUGACUCUGUCUCUUUUUUCAACUUGAUGCUUGAGGAGGGUUUCCUACCUUGUUCAGACACAUUAGUUUGUUUAUUGCGGUGUUUGGCUAAGUAUUCUCAAGUGCACUUAAUCUUGUCAUCAUUAGAUAAGCUUACCUCCAAGCCCGAAAUUCUUGAUUCUGUGACUUACAACCUGUUGAUUAAUGGCCUCUGGGGAGAGGGAUACAAAAAUGAGGCAAAACAAUUGCUGGAUUUGAUGUUGGAGAAGGGUUGGGUCCCAGAUGCCACUACUCAUGCGUUAUUGAUGGGUUCUGUUUCGAAAGAAGAAUUUGAGAUCCAAAAAUCUGCUUAUGAAAAUAAUGGCACGUGUGAUGAGCACGUUGUCAAAGAAGCUGACCCUUUGUGGCAGGAUAUCAUGCAACAUUAUUUCAAGGGUGCUUGGAAGUUCAAAGUCUUAUUAAAGGAUUAUUCUAUGUUUCCAGGCGCAAAAGCUGUUCUGGAUGCUGAAAUUCCACCGAUUCACGGGGCCUUGAUUCAGUGUAUGUCGGAGCAUUAA